UUUGUUUACUUUGGUAUUGAGCGCGAGCUGGAUGAUGUGGGGACCACCGGCAGGAGGAGAGGGGACUGUGUCAGGCUAGUUUCCCUCCCCAUAUGGCAGCAGUGUCGGUCAAAUAUCCGUUAGUGUGGCUGCUGCUGUGGAUCUGCGUCCGGCUGUCUGAGACCAAACACACCCGAGUCUCUCUGGACGAUGAUGUCCUGCUGCCGUACGCCCGUGGUCACGGCCCCUCCCACUCUCACCGCCGUGUCAGAGACUGUCAGUCCGUCACUCACGGUAACGCCACCCACGAGGCGCGGCCCUCCGGUAACCACAGCUGGCUGCCGGCGGCCGAGUCCACGGUGUUCGUUUCCUCCGUGGCGGGAAGCUCCAGAUGGGUUUACGGUCACAUGACGGUGGUCCACGACCCGCUGAGCUCGGUGUCGGUGUUGGAGCCGGGCGGGCCGAGCGGCUGCAGCGUGAGUCGGAGGGCCUCGGUGGAGGAAACGGCCGAGGACGCCGGGUGUCUGUACGCCCAGAAUGCCGGCUUCUUCGACACGAGGUCGGGGAAGUGUUUGGGCAACGUGGUGAGCGACGGCCGGGCGGUGCAGGACAGCGGCGGGGUGCAGAACGCACAGUUUGGCAUCAGGAGGGACGGCAGCUUGGUGUUCGGGUAUCUGUCGCAGGAAGACGUGUUGGACCAGUCCAACCCGUUCGUCCAGCUGGUCAGCGGCGUGGUGUGGCUGCUGAGGAACGGCGAAGUUUACAUCAACCAGAGUCUGAAGGCCGAGUGCGACGAGACACAGGAGACGGGGAAACUUCGCACCUUUGUGGACGUGGUGUCGGCCCGGACGGCGGUCGGCCACGAUGCCGACGGCAAACUGAUCCUGUUUCAGAUCGAUGGACAGACUGAAGUGAGAGGAAUGAAUCUGUGGGAGCUGGCUGACUUUCUGAAAAGCUACGGAGUCGUCAACGCCAUCAAUCUGGAUGGAGGCGGCUCGUCCACCUAUGUGAGGGACGGCUCGUUGGCCAGCUACCCGUCUGAUCACUGUGAAUCAGACAGCAGGUGGCGCUGUGCUCGGCCCGUCUCCACCGUCUUGUGUGUCCACCAGCGGCGCUGCCGGCCGGCAGACUGCAGCGGACACGGAGACUGUGUGGCCGGACGCUGUCGGUGUCAGGAGGACUGGCAGGGCGCCGCGUGUGACUCCCUGGUGUGUUCUCCGGCAGCCUGCGGUCCCCACGGUGUCUGCACCACCAAUGGUUGUGUCUGUGAUGCUGGAUGGAGAGGAGAGAACUGCAGCCAAGAGUGCCUCCCUGGUUUCUACGGUGACGGCUGCAAUCAGACCUGCGUCUGUGUUAACGGCGGCUCCUGCGGCGCCGUCCACGGGCACUGCGCGUGCCCCUCUGGUUUCCACGGCAACACCUGUGAACAAUUGUGUCCUCUGGGUUCCUUCGGUCCGUCUUGUGCUCAGGAGUGUCGCUGUGACGACCAGUGUCCAUGUGACCCGCACACAGGAAGCUGUAACACCACCCUGCGAGGAGAGACCAACAACACCGUACACAGAGCUGGACAUUGUCUAGCCAAACAGAUGUUUACAUUUUGGAGACGAGAUGAAGAAGCUCACAGAGAGCAGCCUCGUCUGACAGAGCGCUCCUGGCUGCUGGUCACCUUCACUCUGACCUCUCUGCUGUCAGUCAGCCUGCUGGUUCACCUCGUGCGGGCGUGCCGCGGCUCGGCGGGCGCUCACUUCCCUCGGCGUCGAGAUUACUCCUACGUCCCGCUGACCCACAUCAACGGGGCCGCGUCGCGUGCCGGAGCAGACGCCGGGAAAUCCGGUUUUGGAUUGGACGACUCGGACUCUCAGGAGGAAAUCUGGUCUCCGUCACGCUCGGGGGGGACGGAGGACGCCGCAUGAGGACGCUCGGGGGGGACGGAGGACGCCGCUCAGGGGGGACAUAGAUCAUUUAAUAGGAAGCUAAAGAAAGAACAGUUUUUUACAUGUUUUUUUGUUUACAGCCUUUUAAUUCGAAGAUGAAAGAAAGUAGGUCAAAGUUUUAUUUAUUUUUAGGAACCCAAACUGCUGCAGGUACUUUGUUGGCGUUGAAACUGAUGAACUUUGACCUCCAGCCAGCGGUCUGAACCACGAGAGUGUGUGUCCUGCCACCUUUGAGCUUCGGGAGCUUCCCCGUAAUCCUGACGAGGACAAAAGUAGCGAUGAAGACCAAAGAGACACUUUAAUAUUCAUGGUCACGUUAUUAGAGAAUAAAACUUCAACAAGUCAGAAAGAUUAACGGCAAUUAAAGCCGCAAGUCCGGCCGUUAUUUUUAUAUGAAGUUACUUUAACAUGUUGCAAAAUGUCUCCAUGUGUUUAAAACUACAAGUUGAAAAUGCAUAAUUAACUUUGGUAUUCUUCUACCUGGACCCUAUUUUCACGUUUUCUUUUAGUCGUAGUGACAACAAGUGAGUUUGGUGCAGUUUUGAGCGAGAGCGCUGCAGCUGCUAAAUGUCGCUGACGCCUCAGAUUGUUGUAAGUGGAGAAAUAAAAGGUCUUUCUUCGCGUCCCACUCGAUCCGCUCGGUCUGUUAUUGAGUCACGUGACUUGUUGGUGGAAGAACACGACGGAGAGUCGGAGCCGCUGGUGUCAGUUAGUCGUGUUGGAGAACAGACGGCGUAGCUCAGCGUGAGAACAGGUUUUAAUGUCGUGGCCGAAUAUCGAGAGUUCAGAACGAGUUUUCUCCCUGAGCGAGACAAAGAGAGGAUCGAGCGAGAGGAAGAGGAAAACGUUUUAGUUCUCUGUCCGGUCAUUUUUAUAAACUGUUGGUGGACGGACAUACUGCAGGUGGAAGGAGACAUUGCAGCGCUCUCACUCAAUAUCAGAACCACUUCCAAACUUGUCCCCAUUAUUCACUAAGAGACAACAACAUGGGAACACAGUGUCCAGGUUGAAAACCCCGAAGUUGCCCUUUAAAGAAGCCUCUAUCUGUUCGUACACACUCUGUGUCUUACGCCUGCAGGCGUCACAGUUCAGCGUUGUGUGUGAGAGAAACCAGCUGCAAGGAGAAACGGACGAAGUUGAACUUCAUGAGUCAGGCUUCUGGUCCGAGGAUGUUUUCAACUCGUUGCCACGUAAACAGAUGAACGUUGAACUCUUACCGUGACAGUUUGUUAUCAACAGAGUUUCACAUGUUUCUCUUUAUGCACUGAGCUCCGUCUGAAUGUAAAACAACGAUGAGGUUAAUGUGCACUUUUACAUCCCAUAAAGAACAUUAAAGAAGCACAACUUUCUUUAAGAUGCCACGAAUUUAAACUGUAGAACUUUGUAUCUCAUCACGAUGUCUUCUUGCUCCCCGAGACAUUCUUUAUCAGCGGGUUUUAAACGUAUAAAUAAAUGUAAAUAUCAGGAUUUAGUUUCGACACUUGUUCUUACGUGUCUUAGCUCAACUCCACUCACAGAUUUACUUUUGAUAAGUUUUAGACGUGAGGGGAAUCGGUACUUUCAGGCUAAUUUAAAUAAAACAUUUUAAAAAGUC